AUGAUGCAACAAGGAUCAUCGACAUCUUCACAACCACCUUUAUCCUCCUCACAACAACAACAAGCAACUCUUCCUUCUUCUUCUUCUUCUUCUUCUCAACAACCUCCAUUACAACCAUCAACAUCUACAUCAACAACGACAUCAUCACAACAUCAAAACUUAAUAGCAAGAAACAAGUUUAUAAUUAAAAGAGAGUUGGAUGAAUCUGAUCAAAUAGAAAUUUUAUGGAGAGAUCAAUAUGAAAAGAUUGAACAAGUAUUAAAUAAUGGAACAGAUAAUGAUAUACAUAUAUUUUUAAUGGAAAGAGUGUCAGAGAGUAAUGAGCGACAUGUGGAUGUUACUAUAGCCAUUCUCUAUGGAAUAUUGGUUGGUACUAGUAAUUAUGCUGCGCUGUUUAAAUACAUUACACUAGUGACAAAGGAUUCAUUGACCAUCUUUUGUGCACAUUUGAAACGACUCGUCAUUGAAAAGUAUCACAAGAUGGCUGAUCUACCUCGAACACAGGUUCUAUGGAUAUUGAAUGAACUCAUCGUCUCUAAUCAUCAUGACGCUGAAGCUAUUUGUGCUCUAUUAAUGAGGCAAAUGUUUGGUGGUAAUAUCACUACCCGUAACAUUCAAUUAAUUAAUUCAGUAUUAACUUUAUUAAAUAAUAACAAACAAUGGUUAAUUAGUAAACCAUCAUUAAUUCCAACAGUACUUUAUACAUUUUUAAGAUUGAUUCAAGAUCAUUUUAAACCUCAAUUUCAACAAUUAAGAGAUCUUGAAACUGCAUUUUGUAUCGAUUUAAUUAGAACAAAGUUUCAAGAAUGUUUAACAAUUGGUAGAGAUUUAUUUAGAUUAUUACAUUAUCUUAGUAAUAAGGCACAAGAAUUUGAUUUGCUGUGGAGAGAUAUCAAUACGAAACCACUGUUAUUCAACGUAUCAACAUUUACAGAUAUAUCGGUUGGUGUGCGUAUCCCAACACCCAAACAUUUUCUACAAUCUCGAUUGUCACCAGAGAUGGAGGGACAGAUACUAUAUAUUCUCAAAGAGGUCAAGUUUGGCAACCAAAAAAGAUACCAACAGUGGUUUGUCACCAAACACUUGCCAACGAUCGAAUCGGAAACAUUGAUUCCCGAUCUCAUCCGGUAUAUCUGUUGUUUCUAUCACCCACCAAACCAUGUACUCUGUUCAGACAUUUGUCCAAGAUGGGCGAUUAUUGGAUGGUUGUUGAAACACUCGAAAGACGAACGAUGUCGAAACUAUGCAAAGUUGGCUUUGUUUUACGAUUGGUUGUAUUAUGAUCAACGUAUUGACUCGAUCAUGAACAUUGAGCCAGCCAUGUUGCUCAUGGCAUGUUCCAUCAAAAAAUACUCAGACAUGACUGUUGACUUGGUCGAGUUUAUCAUCAAUGUGCUGCUCGAGGGGUACGAUCCUAGUCGUCGCGACCAAAUCAGGGGUGGUGUCAACUCGGCCUUUUCCACCGUCCUCGAAAAGGGUGUCGUGCCAACACUGUCUCACAUGUUUGCAGUUGAUUGUCUCGGACCACAGUUAUUUGAAAAGUCCAAGCAAUAUUUCACCCAUUUCAUGCUUGGACAACCCGGUGUCCAGCCUGCACCAGGUCAAACACAAUCUCCCAACCUCUCUUCAUCGGGUCAGAAUAUAGGUGGACCUGCUCCCAUGUCUUAUUCGAGUCAGUCACUCGUCUCACCACCAUCACCUCCAAAUGUACCAUUGGCCAACAAUAACAACAAGGAGAAAACUCCAUUACAACAAUCAACUGGUUCAACUUUACCUCUUCAACAACCAUCACCACUUCAUUUGAAACAACCUCCAACUUCUUAUCCACCUCCUCAUAGAUUAGAUAAUAGUUUAGGUGAAAUUAAUAAUAAUAAUAAUAAUGUAACUUCUAAUCCAUCUACUUUGACGUCAGCGACACCAACAACUAGUUCAUCCCCCUCGGGUACAUCACCAUCAUCAAAUGUAAAUAUAAAUAACAAGAGAGAAAGAGAGGAUACUAGUAUUACAGCCAAACCUCCACCACCCAUAAGACAAAAAGAAGAUCAUCCAGUCAACAACAACAAUGUAUCACCAAUAGCUGCACCGGCAUCACCAGUAGCAUCACCACUUACACCAACUAUAGUAUCACCACCAAAUCUCAUACAAUCAUCUUCAACAAUAACAAAUGCUCCAUUGACUCCAACUAUGGCACCAAAAACACCAUUGGCAAGCUCAACAACCUCUUCAUCAAACAAGUUACCAACAGCUCCUUCUACUUCAACACCAUCCACUCCAACUAGUUCUUCACCAUUAUUAACAGAACCACAUUUGAAUUUUGAAAAACAACCUCCUGCUCCAGCAGUCGCAGCAGCUGCAACCGCACCACCUCCUCCAUCAUCAUCAUCGAGCCCAUCCAUUCCAAUUGUACAAGAAACCAAUAAUAUAGAGGAACAGAAUGAAAUAGAUCAAGAUGUAUUAAUGGAUGAUAAUGAUGAAAUUGAAACAAUGACAAUUGAUGAAGAAUGUAGAGUAGAGGUACCAACGAUUCUUUUAACACUUGGAUCAAAAUCUGAAUUGCAACCAGUUAAUUUGGCAUCAACACUCAAAUUAAUUAUGAACAAUUUUAUUGGUCAAUAUUCAAAAAUGUCAGAGUCGUCACAAAAAGAGAUUUCCAAUACCUUGGUUCAAUAUCUUCACACUUCGCUUAAACCAUUAUUUGAAGAUGGAGCUCCAACACCAUUGUCAAUCUUUAGUACCUUUCAAGUUUAUCAUCAUCUCUUUAAAUCUUGUUUCCCAGCAUUUACAGUGACCAAUGAAUCUGUUCUCUAUAUCCUUAAAGAAUAUGUUAAAUUGGAACCAUUACUUGGUAGUUAUCUUUUAGUUUGGUUGAUUAUUACUUCUAGUGGAGGUGUACAUCUUACACCACAAGGAAAUUCCUAUAUCUUUUCCAACAAUUCUAAUCAUGGUGAUUAUUACGAAGAUUCACAAUCUAAUGCGACGACUACGACGACAAAUGGUGGAACAAAAGAUAAAAUAGAACAACAUUUAUUGGAUCAACUUUACAAUAAUAACAAUCAAGUUGAAAUCGAGGAAAGGUUAAAAUUGGAUAGUUUAUUCGAAUCAAUUGUAGAUAAUAAUAGUACUUCAAAACAAAUAUUUUUACCUUAUUUAAAAUUAAUUAAUACAUUAAAUCAACAAAAUAAUAAUAAUAGUAAUCAAAAUUUAACACAACAACAAAUAAUGCAACAAUUAAAUCAACCAAGCAAUAAUAAUAAUAAUUAUUUAGAAUAUUUAAUAAUGGAUUUAAAGAGAUUACAAAGUUUGGGAAUAUUAUUUUAUGUAUUACCAAUGGUAUAUAGAUACUUGCCAAUGAUUACAGUUGGUAAUGUUGACAUGAUUACAUUGGUCAUUGAUUAUAUAGGUCCUCAACAACUUUAUAGAAUGUGUAACAAAAUGUCAAUGGGAGAAUUUAGAAUGUUUGGUAGUGGAAAUCCCAAUGCAAUUAUUGAAUACAGUCUUGGUAUGGAGUCUUUUGAACAGCAAUAUAUUUGGAGACUUUUGGCUUCAGAAGAGUCUUAUCACCACAUGAUUGUCACUCGUAUCUUUCCUUCAAUCAUGACACGCAUCGAUCCAAUCAACAAUUCAGAGGUCCUCCUUUCACUUGUUCAAAUACUCAAAGAUACUACGGCAUCCAACAAAUUAUUUAUGGAGAUUAUUGGAUUGGCACCUUCAUAUCACAUGCUCUCAUUUACCGUCUUUUCAUCGUGGAUUCAAAAACAAUCCACCUCUUUUGCAUCGAUCAUCUAUGACAUUAUCAUUGCCAAUAUCAAUGAGAAAAAGUUUAUCAUUGAACGAAUCUUUUCAAUUAUGAAUGUAUAUUUUAAAAAAUAUGGUGACCAAAGUAAUAAUAAUAUUAGAGCAUCCAAUAACAAGGGAGGGAAAUCUGAUAAUGAAUCAGUGGAUAAUGUACUAAGUUUAGAUUUAAAUGAUCGUAUUUCCAGAAUUAUGAAAACAAACAAUCAAUAUCAACAAAAAUACUCUGCACUUUAUGCCUAUAUUCAAUUACAACAACAACAACAAACUUCAACCACGACAACUCCUCCUCACUCUUCAUCAUCAUCUUCCCAAGUUUCUUUAAAUGCAUCAUCGAAAAAUUUAUCAUCACCUGUAUUACAAUCAAAUAAUAAUCAACAACAACAGCAACAACAAAGUCAAGAAUUAGGAGAUGCACCAAAGAAAAGAAUAAAGAAAUAA